UCGCUAGCUGCGUUAGCCGUUAGCUCGGUGGACUUUGCUGGGACAUGACGGUGUAAUUGUUGCGUAGAUCAACAUCAGGCAAAAAUGUCUUCAGUUGAGCAUUUGAGGGUGUUUGUCAACCAGCGACUCACAGCUGCUGCGGAAGAAAUCUUCGGAGUUUUUAAAAGAACCAUCGUCGAGUACGAAGAAGUGAUCGACCGUCAGCGCAGACUGCUGGACGUCGUUUGGAAACCCGGAGCACAAAAAAUAGACCUCCCACACCAACAUGCCCGCAGGCAGGAGGAGGUUCCUGCUGACCAGCAGCUCUGUGUUCAGGAGAGGAGCUCCAGUCUGGACCAGGAGGAGCCGGAGCCUCCGCAGAUUAAGGAGGAGCAGGAGGAGCUGUGCACCAGCCAGCAGGGAGAGCAGCUCAUAGUGAAGCAGGAGGAGGAUGACUCUGUUUUGAUUCCUCCUUAUGAGGAAAGUGAGCACUGUGAAGAUCCUGAGGACGCGCUCAGCGAGUCUGACAUACCAGUGAUCACCUAUGUGAUCCCCGAACCAAACCCUGACCACCAGCUGCUCGCCCACAACUCUCACCUGAGCCAGAAUCACCCAGGAGGAGAGCACAGAGACGCCGCUAGAAACGCAGAGCUGCAGAGACACCUCGAGAGUCACAGCAACAACGUGUACAACUCGACCCCGUCAGAGCUUCUGGGUAAUUCUGUCGAAAAGUCAUUCAAAUGUGACACCUGUGGGAAAGCUUUCAAGUUUAAGUCCCAGUUGAAUAUUCACCUGAGAAUCCACACAGGUGAGCGACCGUUCACGUGCAAAACAUGUGGGAAAGACUUCCGGUACAACAGUCACCUGAGGGUCCACAUGACGACGCACACGGGUGAGAACCCAUUUACAUGCAAAAUAUGCGGAAAAGAUUUCCGAUAUAACAGCCACCUGAUUGUCCACAUGACGACGCACACAGGUGAGAAGCCGUAUUCUUGUGAAAUAUGCGGACGAGAUUUCAGACACAGCAAUCGCCUGAUGGUGCACAUGAGGAUGCACAGAGGCGAGAAGCCGUACCUCUGCAAGUUCUGCGGGAACAGAUUCUACGAGAUGUCCGCGCUGAAAAGGCACAUCAGAGUCCACACGGGCGAGAAGCCGUUUACCUGCAUGACCUGCGGAAAAGCUUUCGGACGCAAAGCUCAGCUGACGGCCCACAUGGCAAUCCACACGGGAGAAGAGGGAACUUUCCAAAACGAGGCAACUUUGCGAAAUGAGGCAGCUGUACGAAAUGAGGCGACUUUGCGAAACGAUGCAACUUUGCACGAUGUGCAGAAACUGAGCUUUUGACGUGUUGGCAAAGCAUCAAAGAUCUCGAACAGGCAAAGUGGCCUUGUGUUUGUGAAAUAUUUGGGAGACGAUUCAGUUCUGGUUCGUGGUCAAAACUAGGGGUCGCCCGACUGAUUAUCGGGCCGAUAUUCAGCAUUUUGUGAAUGAUCUGUAUCAGCAUUUUAUUUAAAUGAUGGCAGAUAACAUUCAUUUAAAAACUGCAGAGUGUCAGCAU